CUCCUUCAAUUCAACCCUCACCAACUAAAAUGAAGACCUUUACCACCAUCCUCCUCACAGCCCUCCUAUCCGGCACGGCCAUGGCCGGCUAUCCCACCCGCACGCUCGCCAACCACACCAUCGUCCCAAUGACUUACACCGGCCCCAUCACCCCCGGCGGCGAGCACAUCACCUUCACCGGCCACAGCAUCCAGGACAUCCACUUGCAGAUCCUGGCCUUGAACCCGGACUUCAAGCUGUCUGCCCCUGCCGCGAGCUCGACCCCUCUCGCCAGGAGAAACAAGGUCAGACCACACCUUGCACUUUCCAAACCAUCACCUCCCCUACAACCAAACCAUAUAGCAUCCAUUCCCAUACCCGAGAAAAGAUAUCCAUUCACAAUCCCGAAAUUCGUCAUCCAAAAAAACAGACUAAUACACAGAGUUCGUAAACAGGAAACCAAAUCCCUGAUCUGCGACAUCCCCGGCCGUCUGUCCGAAACGGCCGAGACAGUCUGGAUCCGCGACGGAAUCAGCUACCUGAAGGGGUUGGAGGGCACGUGCGGAGUGUCUGCGGGUCCGGCGGCAUGUGCCAGGAUCAGUUGCUCGUAUGAUUCGGGGAUUUAUUUGUGUAAUGAUGUACGUCUUUCUCCCCCAUCCUCUCCUUUUAUUCACAUCCCUUCCUUGCAUUUCCUUGUCUACGGGCGAUCUCCACUCAUUCCCCUUUCUGCCGACCGUUGCUCUAUAUUUGCCUUUCGUGGUCGUGCAGGUGCUGAUUAAUUGACAAUAUAACAGAACGACGAGAAAAUCGACCCCAGCUGCUCGUAUCUCGCCUCCUACGCGGAAGAUAUCCUGGAACGGUGCGAUGAGGGCGAGUAUAUGAACGGGCAGGAGUUCGACUCGGAUAAUUAUAAUGUU